AGCGUGUGAACCGCACCCAAACCCCUCCUUAUUUUGUUACAGCUCCAAGGGAACAGAUCGCGGCGCAUUCCCUUCCCCUCUCCAGAUGCUGGCAUGAGGGGUGCAUGUGGGCCACCCCCGCCUGACCGGCUCUGAGGCUCUCGGGUGCUCGCCCGCGGUGACUCCCGCCCAACCCGGGGUGAGCCAGGUCUCUAAUUAGACUUGACUGCGUCCCCAUUCCAGCGCUCCCCACAGAGCGCGACGUUUCCACUGCCGGGGGCACCAAAAUAGCCUCUCAGCGGGGCUGAGACUCCAGGCAGCGGAGGCUGACGCUGGACGGGACAGAAGCUUGGCUGGGAGCGCGCUGUUGUUGAAGGUCCUGCCACGGCCGGCGCGGGGGCAGAGUGGGGUGGGGGCGCGGGGCAGCGGGAGGCCCCUUGGGCUGGGCCGGGCCAGCGCAGCCACUUGCUCGCGGCCUCUGGAGCCCCAGCUGCGCCCUGCCACCGCUGGCUGCCGAAGGCACCCUCUCUAGCCCUCCAGCUUCCUCAGAGGCCCCGACCGCUGUGGGCAGGCCCUCCUGCAGAUUGGGAUCAACAUGAUGGCACUGCCUGGAGGACGCCACAUGGACUCCAUCUCCCUGCCGGGUCAGCGGCUGCACCUGAUGCAGGUGGACUCAGUCCAGCGCUGGAUGGAGGACCUGAAGCUCAUGACCGAGUGCGAGUGCAUGUGUAUCCUGCAGGCAAAGCCCAUCAGCCUGGAGGAGGACACACAAGGUGACCUCAUCCUGGCGGGCGGCCCUGGCCCUGGAGACCCCCUGCAGCUGCUGCUCAAGCGGGGCUGGGUCGUCAGCACGGAGCUGCGCAGGAUCGGGCAGAAGCUGGCCCAGGACCGCUGGGCGCGAGUGCACAGCAUGAGCGUGCGCCUGACCUGCCACGCUCGCUCCAUGGUCAGCGAGUACAGUGCAGUCAGCAGGAGCUCCUCACAGGAGAUGGGCCAGAUUGAGAAGCUGCUAAUGGAGAAAUGCUCAGAGCUCUCAGCGAUCACCGAGAGGUGCCUCCAGGUUGAGAAUGAGCAUGUCCUGAAGUCAAUGAAGGCCUGUGUGAGUGAGACCCUGAGCACGCUGGGCCAGCACUUUGGUCAGCUGCUGGAGCUGGCCCUGACCCGGGAGGUGCAGGCACUCGUGAGAAAAAUUGAUGCCUCGGACAAUAUCUACAUCACGGAAUCCACCACAGGAAACCUGUUUAGCCUGACCCAGGAGGGGGCUCCCUUGUGCCGCAUAAUAGCCAAGGAGGGUGGAGUCGUCGCACUCUUCAAGGUCUGCAGGCAGGACAGUUUCCGGUGUUUGUACCCCCAGGCGCUUCGCACACUGGCCUCUAUCUGCUGCGUAGAAGAGGGUGUCCACCAGCUGGAGAAGGUAGAUGGCGUUCUGUGCUUGGCCGACAUCCUGACCGAUGACAGCCACUCAGAGGCCACCCGGGCUGAGGCUGCGGCCGUGGUCGCCCAGGUCACUUCCCCACACCUGCCUUUCACCCAGCACCUCAGCAGCUUCCUGGAGAGCAUGGAGGAGAUCGUGACAGCUCUCGUCAAACUGUGCCAAGAGGCCUCGUCUGGGGAAGUCUUCCUGCUGGCCUCUGCGGCCCUUGCCAACAUCACCUUCUUUGACACGAUGGCCUGCGAGAUGCUCCUGCAGCUGAAUGCCAUCCGCGUCCUGCUGGAAGCCUGCAGCGACAAGCAGAGAGUGGACACGCCUUAUACCCGGGACCAGAUUGUGACCAUCUUGGCAAACAUGUCCGUCCUAGAGCAGUGCGCCUCCGACAUCAUUCAGGAGAAUGGGAUCCAGCUUAUCAUGGGAAUGUUGUCUGAGAAGCCAAGAUCUGGGACCCCUGCUGAGGUGGCAGCCUGUGAGCGAGUCCAGCAGAAAGCUGCAGUGACCCUGGCCCGUCUCAGCCGAGACCCAGAGGUGGCACGUGAGGCUGUGCGUCUGAGCUGUAUGUCCCGCCUCAUUGAGCUCUGCCGAUCACCCUCCGAGAGGAACAGCAGUGAUGCUGUGCUCGUGGCCUGCCUGGCUGCUCUGCGUAGAUUGGCUGGGGUCUGCCCUGAAGGCCUCCAGGAAUCCGACUUCCAGCAACUAGUCCAGCCCAGGCUUGUGGACUCCUUCUUACUCUGCAGCAACAUGGAGGAGAGUUUUGUGUAGCGGGUGUGGAAGAGGAAAGGCAUUGGCCCCAUUCUCAUGCCCACUCUGAGUACACACCUGAGCAAACAUCAUCCACCUCAGCUCCUUAUUUAUACUUAAUUUAUUUUUUACAUGAAAUGGACAUAGGGCUAAAUAUUCUAGCAACAUCAUCAGGCAAUCUGUGUUCCUUGGAACUGUUUUUUGUUUUUAUUUUUUGACUUCUGUGACUUUUCAGUUGCAGAUGUUGAAAUGCAUAAUGGCUAAUAUGACAGAUGGUCAUAAGUGAUUUCACUUCAGCUUGCUUUCUCUACUCCCACUAUGUAAUCUUGCCUCAUUAAAAAAAAAAGAAAACACCGCAACUUGGGAACCAGAGUAUUAUAACUGCCCAGCAUUUUUUAAAAAAGUUGGAUUUGCUUUUUCUAAAAGAUUUUAAAUGGAAUUCAUAGCUGGACAGAAUAUAUUAGAAGGAAACUUUUAUUCUUUAAUAAAUGAAAUAAUACCAAGUUUGUCUUGGAUUACAUUAUGUCUUGGACUAAUUUGUACUAAGUUUUGUCUUGGACUAAUUUCUUGCUUGCCAAGGUUUCAUGCCACAAAAAUUUCCAACUGUGAACUAAAACUGCAUGGAGAGUUGUAUUGUUUUCAUAGGUACAUAAAUGGGUCAAGUUCUGAGUAAUUUAGUAAGAAAUCAAAAAUAUUUUCAAAGUUUCCAGGAACCCAGUUUCCCUGGGCUUCUCCACUUUUGUGUAACCUCAUGGUGAAUAGCUUUCUCAGAUGAGGCUUUAGUGAAUAACACCUCUUCAAAAGUAUACUUGAAAGUGAUGGUGUGCUGGAGCUUGCAAGGGACUCCUGUGAGAAUUUCUUCUCAAUUCUACAUUCAGUGAGAGGCUAAAGAAGAAAAACCACAUGGCCCUCUUAAUAGAUACAGAAAAAACACUUAACAAAAUAUAAUAUUUAUGAUAAAAAAGAAAACUCUUAGAAAACUAGGAAGACAUGCUAAUUUCCUCAUUUUGAUAAGAAAUAGCUAUAAAGCCCACAGCUAACAUCAUACUUGAAGCUUUCUUCUUGAAGUUUUCCCAAGAGAUCAGGUACAAAGCAAGAGUGCCUCUUUUUAUCAUUCCUUUUCGAUAUCACACUGGAGAUUCUAGCUAAGACAAUAAAAACAAAAGGAAAUAAAAUUUAUACAUAUUAGGGAGGAAGACAAAACUGCUCGUGUUCUUAUAUGACAUGAUUGUUUACGUAGAAAAUCUGAAAGAAUCAACAGAAAAACUCCUGGAAUUGAUAAGCAAUUACAGCAAAGUUCCAGGAUAUAAGGUUAAUAUAUAGAAGUCAAUCAUUUUUUUACAUACCAACACUAAAGUGAAAUUUGAAAUUAAAUACAAUACUGUUUAAUUAGCACCCCCAAAAUGAAAUGCUUAUGUAAAAAUCUAACAAAAAUGUACAAAAUCUACUAGAGGAAAACUACAAAACUCUGAUGAAUUAAAUCAAAGAAGUGAAUAAAGGCAGAGUUAUUCCACGUUGAUGGGUGGGAAGACUCAAUAUUG